AUCUCGUUGCGUGAUUCAAAGUUUCCAAGACGUUUCUGGGACUCUUGAAAAUAUAUUGCAAGAGUUUUCUUAUUGAACGUCAGUUACAUUCUUCGCAAUGUCGUCGGUAUUGGAACAGCUGAUGGAGAUGGGCUUCACACAAGCUAGAGCGGAAAAGGCUUUAAAGUUUUCUGGCAACAAAGGAUUAGAGGAGGCCAUGGAAUGGAUUGUAGAGAAUGAUAGUGGUGAUGAGGAAAAAGAGGGGAUAAACGGAACCAGGGAAAAUGAGACAACGGACUUACCAUUAUCUUACAAAUGUGAUGAUUGCGAUAAGUGUCUCAGAAAUGAAGAUGAAGUUCAGGUGCAUAGUGCUCGUACAGGACACGUCAAUUAUUCACAGUGCUCAGAUGCAGUCUCAUCACUGACAGAAGAUGAACGUAGGGAACAAAUGAAGAAACUUCAGGAACUUCUGCGGGCCAAGAAAACCCAAAGAGAAGAACAAGAGAGACAUGAAGAGAUUGAGCGUGAAAAGAAAAGGCGUCAACAACACAAGACACUGAGUUCAGCUAAAGCGAAAUUCGAAGAAGAUGAAGUACGUCGUUUUGUCGAACAAAAAAAGCGUGAAAAAGAGGAGGAUCGAGCUUAUCUAGAGAAAUUGAAGGCUGAAAUUGCUCGAGAUCAAGAAGAAAAGCGUGCACGUACAGCUAGUGAAUUACCACUGAUAUCUCCGUCAAAUUCAACUUCUUUACCAACUGCAGUGCCGAAAACAAAUCCAACAAUUUGCCGUCUACACAUUCGUUUACCAUCUGGUCAGUCAAUCAAAGGAGAAUUCGGUGUCAAUGAACCCUUAAGUGCCGUUAUGUUAUAUGUUAGUCAAAAUUGGCCUAAUUCUUCAACUUUUAUUGACCCACAAUCUAUUCAGCUGAUGACUAGUUUUCCUAAACAAGAAUUUACUAGUGAAGAUAGAAAUAGAUCUCUUCUGGAUUUAGGUGAGUUUAAACACUUUUAAUACUCUUCUGUCUUUCAUUCACAAAUAACAUAAAAUAAUUAUAAUGACUACUACACAGAUAGAUAGUGGCAUUCAUGUUUAACCAUAUAAACAAAUUGUAUUUUGAUUUUUGAGUUAUAAAGACUUAAUAUUUCUCAUUAUGGAAUUGAUCGAUUCUUGUCAGGAAAUUUCUUCUUGAAAUACUAAACCUGAUACCAACUGCAGCAUGCAGAUUAUAUUACUGACCACUACCUUAUAACGAAAUAUACAUUCAUGAAAUAGUUAAAAACUAAAUCUAAUCAUGAACCCUUUUGGAUUAUAGUCAAACUAGACGUAUCUAAUGGACCUAAUAAAGAUUUAUCAUUGGAAUGAUUUACUAAAAAUUCAAAUGUAUUGAGCUAUAGCUUAUAAAAUUUUCACUUUAAUGUAACCUUUAUGUUGGUGAGUUUCUGGAAAUCAAAGAAAUCAAGAAGACAACAUUGAGGAUUAUCGUUAAAUUUUUUAACCUGGGCAAAAUUUAAUUACAUAUGAAAAUUAUAUUUGAAAUAUUCUCAGCCAUUGAAAUUUAACUAAUUCCAACGUUUCGUCCAGCUAACUUGUCUGGACUUCUUCAGGGUAAUA